AUGGCGGCUCCGGCAGCCGGCUCCCCUCAGGCGCGCGCCACCGCCGCCGCGCGCGCGCGCGCGCGCGCGACCCCGGCCCCGGCCAAUCAGCGCCCGGAGCGGCGCCGGAAGCCCCGCCCCCCUCGCGGCGUCCGUUCGUCUCGCGCCCGUCCAAUCCCCUCUCGCGGCGUGGGCGGGGCUGGAGAUGGGGCGCAGGCGCAGAACCCGCGGGAGUCGGGAGCCCCCCGGCUCAACAGCGCCUCCCGCGAGCUAUGCUCCUUGUUCUUUUUAAAUCUUGAAACUUUCACCUUCAGGCUGUCCGGAUUUGUCUCAAGGCUGCUGAUGGAGGAGAUGCCAGUGGUGGAUGUCAGCCGGUGGGACGAGAGUACCUGUGGCUGCACUCUUUGCCAACACCCUCACUGCUGGGAGACCCACCGCAGGAUCGAAAGGGGCCGUCCUCGCCUCCUGAGGGAGCAACCCUCCCCUGGUCGAGUUCUCACAGAAAAUGAAGAUGAACUUCCAACACUGACGAUCACAAACUUCCCCAGCUACUGCUUCCUGGCCAAGGGAGUCUCCCGCCCCACUUUCUCAGCACUCAGCCUCUUCAAGUCUCACCCUUUCUUUUCCUUCUUGAGUGAAAACUUGGAGCAGAACAAGCUCAACUACUAUUUGGAAGGCAGUUUAGAAGAUGUUAAUUUCCCAAAAUACAACUCUCCAAAGGAUUCCCUUGUCUCCUAUGCCCACCAGCAUGCCAUGCACCCUGCUGCCAAGUUAACAGUGCAGAAUCUGAAUGAGACAGCGCUCCCCAAGAGCUUGGAUACCGGGAAUCUGGUUGUUAUGUGGGUUCCAAAUGUGCAGCAAAAGAACCAGAAGCUGGGAAGCCAGAUGGUGUCAGACCUGAGCCAUGUCAGCCAGAAGCAGGUUUCGGAAAUGAAAUCCAGGAAACUCAUAUUGGGCCAAGAAUACAGAUGUGUAGAACUGUCUAAGAAUAAAAAGAAGUCCAAUAAAAGCCCCAUUGGUGGGCAGUUGUAUCAAGCUCAUUUUGCACCACACCAGCAGACGGCAACUCCCAAAACCUCCCCCCGUGAAGCAGCGAAGCUGGAUCCAUCGUCAGCUGGCUGGGCCCUCCCACCCCUCUGUGGAACUCUGGCCUCUGGGUCUUCGGCUGAAGAAAGGGAAGCCAGGGCUCCCCGGAAGAGCAAGGUGGACCCUCUGGACAGGACACUUGGAAAGCUGCUGAAGGAGCAUCCAGCCCAGCAGGAGGGCCACAGAGGGGCUUUCCUCAGAUCAAUGGAGAAGAUGACUCUCUCUGGAAACAGAGUGACCCUGCAGGAUCCCAAGGAAGACCUUUGGACAUCUCUGAAGAAGAAGCCUAUGGUCGAGCAUCUCAUUUCCUUUGGUGACUCUCCUCAUCCUCCCCUGGGUGGGUCUGAUAGAUCCAAGUGCUCAUCUUGGAAAGGGAAGAAUCAACUUGGCAUCUGGGGCCAGCAGAUGACCAUGCAAGAAGAGGCCCAGAGGGCCCAAAGACCUAGCAGAUUGAAGAUAAGGAACCUGAAUUUGCAGAUGGUGAAGGUCCGCCAGGCCCUACAGGGAGCUUGGGAGGUGACCAACCCUCCCUCAUCACCUCUCACAACCUCCCCAAUGCAGAGCAAGAUGUCAUCGGUACUGGAGGUGGACAAUGCCAUGCUGGCCAGCCCUGACCCAGGGCGGGCUGACCUGCCCUCCCGGGAUGAGACUGAGUCCUGAUGGCAUUGUGUGGGGAGUGUGGGAUUCGUGCCCUGGAGCUCCAGAGAGUAGGGGAGAGGCUCUUCUCACUCUGGGAUCCUGGCUCUUCCUUGUCCCACCUGGCUCCCCUUUGUCCCACCUGGCUCCUCCUACUCCCUCCUGGCUCUCCCUCGUUCCAACUAGCCCCUGGAUGUGCAGGCAGGAGGAGGGAGGGGCCCCUGAAUCUGGGACAGUUGAUGUUCCCUGGCCCCAGACUCUUCAACAGGAAUGGCUGUCACACCUCUGUGGGAAUAA